AUGUUGAAAAAUAAACGCAGUGAGAAUCUACUGAGCUUAGCUCUUCUUGUGGCGGGAAGUGCACAUGAAACUCCUCACCAAGUGGUGACAAAAUACAACAAUUACAAGGCGAUAUGCAAUGGAAUGGGUUUUGAAAAUUUGAGCUGCAAAGAUCCUAUUGCUUUCCAAUCUACACUUACAAAGAAUUUGGAAAACAUGAAAAACGAAGAAACUGUUAUCUUUGAUAAGGUUUCACUAAACGAAGGAAACGCUUACGAUAAGACUUCAGGAAAAUUUACAGCUCUGUCCGAUGGAAUCUAUUCUUUUUCGUGGACAACAUUAACACCAGCGGGAAAACAUUUUGUCACCGACAUUGUUCGCAAUGGAGAAACGAUUACAAGAAACUAUACUGAUGGAAGGGGUCAGAACGGAUUUGCUAUGUCAACCUCAAAUGCAAACAUAAAAAUGAAGAAAGGCGAAAAAGUAUGGAUUAGAACCCAUGGAAACAAUGGACAUUUUGUCCAUGGUAGUGGAGAAUGGUCUUUCUUUUCUGGAGUUAAAUUAUAGCAACUCUAU